ACUUUAGUGAUUAAUAACAUUUUUAAAGUUUAACCUAUAUAUAUGUUGUAUGUGCUUUACUGUUUUAAACCUAGAACAUUUGGUAAAUCACAGAUUCAACAAAUUGUAAUAAAAAAAAUUUAAUUAAUAAUAAUUAUUAAACAUUUUACUCAUGCACAUAUCCACAUCACAGUUUUGGAAGCGAAUAUUGAAACGGUGUAAUGGAUUGAAACUAGUUAAUUUUCAAACAUAUUUAAAACCGCAUAGAAUUAAUUUAUCUAUCGCAAGAAACAAAGUGCAAAUUACAAUGUUCAAUGAACAAUUUUUAGAAUUAGAAACGUUACGUUCUAAAGUAGAUGAUUUAUGUUGGUUGCAUAAAGUUGCACCAGGAUUUCCUGUAAAUGGUUCAAAGAUUACGAUAAUUCAUGAACCUGUUCAUUUUUAUGGCACAUUAAUAGAAAAAUGUAAAUCUGCUAAAAAUAGAAUAACUUUUGCAUCCUUGUAUAUUGGAACUGGAAAGUUAGAAUCUGAAUUGGUAGAAACAAUAGAGCAGGCUAUUAUUUCAAGCAAUGGAAAUAUUAAAGCUAAAUUUUUAUUAGAUUAUAUGAGAGGUUCUAGAGGUAAGCAAAAUUCACGCAAAAUGUUAGAACCAUUGUUAAAAGGAAAAUAUGCACAUUGUUCCGAAGUAUUUCUUUAUCAUACACCUAAACUUCGUGGACUUUUAAAGGCUAUUAUGCCAGAUCGAUUUAAUGAAGUUAUAGGUUUACAACAUAUGAAAUUAUAUAUGAUAGAUAACACUUUAAUAAUUAGUGGUGCAAAUUUAAGUAACGAUUAUUUCACAAAUCGGCAGGACCGAUAUUUUGUAAUAGAGGAUGCUAAAGAACUCUGUGAUUUUUAUGAUGAUUUAGUUCAAAGGGUGGGAGAGUUUAGUUUUGUUUUACAAUCGGAUGGUACUACGAAGUUAAAUUCAACAUUAAAUUCUCAUCCAUGCGAAGGACCUAAGCAAGAAUUUCCUGAAGAAGCUGCGCACAGAAUAAAAACACUUUUUCAAAGUGAAAUACAAAAACGUAUCGAACUUAACAAACAAAAAGAAGCUUCGAAUGCGGAUACUUGGGUUUUUCCGUUAGUGCAAAUGGGACAACUUAAUAUACAACACGAUAGCGAAGUAACAUUAAAAUUGUUACAGUCAGCUCCAUUGGGAGCUAGACUUAAAUUAGCAACUGGAUAUUUUAAUUUGACUACAGAUUAUAUCAGUGCUGUACUUAAACAGUGUCAGGCUACCUGCGAUCUUCUAACUGCACAUCCUACAGCUAAUGGAUUUUUUAGUGCAAAAGGUAUAGCAGGCGUUAUUCCAGCAGCUUACACAAAAAUAGAAGAAUUGUUUUAUAAAACGUGCGAAAGAUUAGGUCAACAAGAGAGAGUAACAUUAUGGGAAUUUAUUAAACCAGGAUGGACAUAUCACGCCAAAGGACUUUGGUAUUUUUUACCAGGUCAACAAAGACCUUGUUUAACUCUUGUCGGAUCACCUAAUUUUGGUUACAGAUCAGUUAAUAGAGAUUUGGAGACACAAGUUGCGAUUGUGACUAAAAAUGAAAAAUUACAAGCAGCUUUGCAAGAAGAACAAGAACGUUUGUUUACGUUUGCUAAAUUAGUUACAGAAAGAACAUUUUAUCAAGAAGAUCGCAUAACUCCUGCUUGGGUACGCACAACGGUUGUUUUAUUUCGAUACUUUUUUUAAUGUUUAUAACAAUUUAAAUUGUUUAUAUUCCAAUGAUUUUACUCAAGGACCGAUAAUAUACCCCCUCAAUUUACUUCAUUAUAAUUAACUUUGUAUUACGUUAAUAUUUAUAAUAGUUAUAAAUAGAUUAUGCUAUCAUCGGA